GGGGGGGGGGCGCAUAGAAAAAGAAGUUGCUGGUGGCGUGUUUUAUUGUGGUUUAAGAAUUUUGUUGUAAAGCACCAUUAAUUCAUUCAUGAAGAACAGCAGCAUGUAAACCUCGUAAAUAAAUAAAUAAUGGCUUUCCAUCUCAAGUAAAUACUGGACCUCAAAGGACCAUUGGUGUGUUAUUUCUAGCUAUAUCUGUUGCUUUUAAUUUACAUAUAUUGUUGAUCUUUUUUAUGAGCCACUCAGAGAGGGCUAAAGAGCCGCAUAUGCAUUUGUAUGGUUAAAUAACUUACAAUCAAUUAAAUAUAAAAUGUGAUUUGAUAUUUGUCUUGAAGGUGCACAAUGUUUGUCUUGAAGGUGCACAUUUUCAAUUUUAUUUGGGACAUUUGUUGCCUCUGGUCUCUGCCAACAUCUUAUAGCUGGGAAAGAUUCUUCCUCCCAGCUCUUUCCGUCGGCGGGCCUCCUGCGCCCUCUAUCGGUCAGCGGGGUUCGGUGCAGCCAGGACGUCCUCCCUUCUCGGUUGCUAAGGCGACAGAGGCCUACACAACAGGCGGGCAGGACCGAGCCUGGCCUCGAGCGGAGUGGGGAGCCUGUUGUUAUCGCUACUUAGGGGGGGGUGCGUCACGUGGGCUUGGCCCCCAGACACCCUUCUUGCCCAGAGCCCCGCCUCCCCCGCUCAGGGUCCUUCCCCACCCAACUACGAUACCUCACUUUGCAGGCCCCCCCCCACUUUCCCCAUAAAGACCCCCCCAUAUUCCUGAUUCUGACCUCUCCCUUCCAGCUCUCCCUACCCCAUCAAGGCAGAUUCCCAGCCCCCCCCCACAGGUCUCCCCUACAAAGCCUCAUCUCCUUGCAACUAAGGACCCCCCCAAAAAAAACCUACCUUGACCCCCCCAACAUACACCCAACAGAAAAGCCCCUACUUGCCAUGUCCCACUUGGGAAGCCCCUCUCCAAAACAGCCCCCUCUCCAAAAUCUAGAGCGCCCCUCACCAUAUGGGACUAGUAUUAUGUGCCCCCCCAUCAGUCCUUGUCCAGCUGACGCCCAUCACUCCAAAAGAAAAAAGAAAAAAGGCCUGUCCAAUCCCAAGAGCCUUCUCUAUUAUUUCCUUUAAAAUAUUUGCAACCCAGUUUUUUCUUUCUUUCUUCAAAGCAGCACUGGAGUCCCACAGAAAAUAUGUGGGGUGCUGCUGGUUCCAGAUGUGGGAGCAGAGGAAAUCUCCUUCCAGGGCAGCGUUUAAUCUCCACUGGGGAUCCCCAGUAGCGACCCCCAAUGUCUGCCCCUCAGCGUCUCAUUGCAUAUGUUUUUGUCUCCACAGGGUCCUUGAACGAGAGACGCCAUGGGGAAAAAGGGGGAACGGGGAGCUAAGGAUAAGACUGCCGCCUUGGAGGAAGAGGCCAGGCUUGCUGCUAAAAGAGCUGAGCACGGAGAAGAGGAGUACCAGUGUACAGGGAUCCUGGAGCAGGAUUUCACCGAGCUGUGCACCCGUGCGGGAUUUCAAGAGGUCCCCAAGGUCGUGGUGAGGCCCCACCCACAUGCUUUGGCUGUGACAGAGGAGCCUGACCAGCAAGCGGAGAAGGAUGCGCAGUACAGCCUCAGCCAGAUCCAGGGCAAGUACGCCUACUUCCGCCCCACCAUCCAGAUGGAGCUGGAGCACGACGACCCCAAGAGCACCCGCGAGAUCUUCAUCCGGAGCUGGAAGAUCGAGGAGAAGAUGUUGGCUGUCUUGGCGAAGUGCCUGCCAGCCCUUGCCCACCUCCAGGGAAUUCACCUCUGGAAGGUUGGACUGACAGACCACACCUUCCUCUCUCUCCUCGCCAUCUUGCCCACCUGCACAACUCUCAGGACCCUCGCCUUGGAAGGGAACCCGCUGCCGGAGCGCUCUUUCUACAAGCUGCUCAUCGCCGAAGAAAGCCCCACCAGCCCUGCCGAGGGCCAGCCAACCGUCCCAUCCACCCCUCUCAGCCUGGCCCACAUCUCCCUGCGCAACAACGACAUCGACGACGAGGCGGCCCUGCUGAUCGGCCAGGCCCUCUCGUCCCUCAAGAGCGCCAACAAGAACCUGGUCUCCAUCAACCUCAGCUACAACCACAUCACGGACGUGGGCGCCGGCUACAUUGCGGACAUCGGAGACAAAGGGGCCCUGAAGCUCGCCGAGGUCCUCGCUCCAUUUGCCCUCACACACACGGAGGUCGUGGAGAGGAGGCGACUUCUGCUGGAGAAGGAGGCCCAGGACCGGUGCCGGAUGCCACAGAGAGUUCUGGAAGUGAAGAGUGACCGGCCCGCCAGCCACGUCAGCAGCACAGCCAUCGACAAACUGCAACCCCCCAAGACGGGCAAAGGCACCAAUAAGAAGAAGGAACAAGCUAAGAAGGAGGAGAAGGGCCAGGCAAGCGGAGGAGGAGGCCUCAUUCAAGCAGCGUCAACGGCAGCUCAGACCAAGAAGGAAGAAGCCAAACAAGCCAAGAAAGCCGUGCCCGCCCCUGACCAGAAACCAGUUCGCGGUAAAGGGGCAAAAUCGGGCAGUAAGGACAAGAGAGCCCAGGUCACGGAAGUGGAGGUGUUUGAGCCUACUGAGAUCAUGAACCCGCUCCUGGAGCAGGCGGAGCACCGGGAUGGCAAAGUCUUCCUGCCUGGCAACCGGGUCCUCAUCUACCUGAACCUCAUCCGUAACCAAAUCACUGAGUAUGGGCUGCAGGCCUUCCUGGAAGCCAUGCAGCAGCAGAGCUGUUGUCUCACUCCCGGAACAAAAGGGCCAUCCGGGCUCAUGCGGCUGUCAUUGGCGAAAAACAAGUGUCCCAUGGAGAGCAAGAUCCUGGCCCAGAUCCAAGAGCUGAUGAUGCUACGGGACCCUCUUCCCAAGGGUGGGGCCAAGACAGCCGAAGAUGAGCAAGUUCCGGUUCUAUAGAGCAACUGCAGGGGAGGACAGACGACCCGCAGCCCUCUUUGGGGAAAUCCAGGAGCUCACCUCCCUCAUUCCGCAGCUCGGACCAAACCUUCCCCAGACCAAGAGAAGUGAUAAUAAACGGGGGACUUCCUAGGAAGGCCUCUUUGCUCAAGGGCACAAGGAGCAGCCCUAAUUCAGGGGCAGGGAUGGGAUGGGAUGGGAUGGGGGAACUGCGCUAUGGGGUGUAGGGCAGAGCAGGAAUCCAUUGCCUGACUCAUUAGGAGGCGUCACUAUAUAUUCCCCUAACAGUGGAGUGAGCAUUUCCAGGCGCAUCUCUGGCUAACAUCGGCAUAAACUCACCCCAUCUAGCAAAAGAGAGGUUCUCCCCUGCAGUUCCGGGCAUCACUUGUGGAUUUCCAAGUAAAGAAUGCACCACAAUACAACCUGUACAAGAACGUGACUUGUACGCUUCCAAUACAACAAAUGCGGGAAAGGCCUUUCUGACAAAUAAACGAUACACAACAGUC